UGUCCGAAUGGGUUUUCAGGAGUUGGAGGCAGGUGUAUAACAGUUGUUGACAGGCAGAUGAACUGGGAUGAUGCUGCGAAUGAAUGCAUCAAACUCGGAGCCAGUCUGGCUAUCGUAGAUACACCAGCUGUUAUCCAGGGUUUGAGUGAUUUUCUCGGAAACAACUAUAAAGGUUUUGACGCUUUUAAUUGGAAAAUAUUCAGAGCUUCUAUGUUCUUGGACGAAAUAUGCGCUUUCAGAAAUGUAACUGAAGCAAAAAAUUGGGCUCCUGGCGAACCAAACAAUUUAGGCGAUGAAGGUUGUGUGGAGUUUCGUCGCUAUGGCGAAAAAUUCAUGUUCAACGACCUGAGUUGCUCUUUGAAAAACUGCCUUCUCUGCCAACUUUUGUGA